AAAAAUUAAAGGAAAAGAAAAAAUCAGCUUCAUACCAAAACAAGCUUCAGGUAUUUAUCAUAUUUAUUGAAAAGAGUGUGUGUUGAUUACAAAUAAUAACCAAGUGCAGUUUUCAUGUCUGAAUUUGACACAAACGACAUUCCAUCUACUUUUGAUCCGUUUGCUGAGGCAAAUGCUGAGGACUCAGGUAUCGGGGCGAAAGAUUAUGUUCAUAUCCGGGUGCAGCAGCGAAACGGGAGGAAAAGCCUUACAACAGUUCAAGGAUUGAAGAAAGAAUUCAGUUACUCCAAGAUUCUUAAGGACCUCAAGAAAGAGUUUUGUUGUAAUGGUACUGUUGUCCAGGACCCUGAGUUGGGCCAGGUCAUACAACUUCAGGGAGAUCAAAGGAAAAAUGUUUCUACCUUCCUUGUGCAGGCUGGCAUAGUAAAGAAGGAUAAUAUCAAGAUUCAUGGUUUCUAAUUAAGUACUUACUACUCAAUAGCAAAAGAUUGUAAAUCUAAAACUCAAGCAAUAUAAUAGCCAGCUUUGCGUUAUUGUAUGUUAGUUCAAGAGGCCUAUGUGCUGUAAUCAUCUACUCUAGGUUUCUUAAUUAAUCAUUGUAUUAUGUAGUAAAAGAUUAUUAUAGAUUACUUAUAUAUGUGUGUUCCCAUGCAUGCAACCAUUUCGAAUAAAUUUCUCACUUUUCUUC